AUGUUUACACCUCUACGCCGCCUUUCCACAGGCAAAAUCGCUGUGGCGUGCCCCGGCCAGGGCAUUAUUCCAAGAGGCUGUCUUUUCAAUUUCAAAAAACACGAAAAUCUUAUAAGGCCUUCCCUCCAGUUGGUGGAUGAGGUGUUGAAGGAGAAGUUCUCCGAGAAACUCAUAGAGCAACCUCCCACCGAGGCGGAUCUCUGGAGCUUGAAAACAUCCAAUGCCCAGCCUGCCAUUCUCGCCGCCACGUACAUCACGUAUCAGCUUUUCCAGAAACUCUAUGGCAUCGAUUUGGUGAAAGACGACAAAACAGGCUACUUGUUAGGACACUCUUUGGGUGAGUAUUCCGCCUUGGUGCUCGGCGGAGUGCUUGAUUUUGGAAGAGCCGUGGAGGUGGUCAAAAGAAGAGGCCUUUUGAUGGAACAAUUGUUCGAAAAAGGCGAGUAUACCAUGUUGGUGCUUGUGUUCAGACCCAAGAGCUUCGAAACGGUGCAAGAGGUUGCAAAUAAACACGGUGUUCUUGCCUGUGUGAAUAACUCGUCACAGAUUCUGAUCAGCGGUCCAAUUGCACUGGUGGAGGCUGCGUUGGCAGAUAUGCCCAAGGGAGCUGUUCUCAAGCUGGUGAAACUUCCUGUGAAGAUUCCAUUUCAUAACUCGUCGUUGCAGACCAUAGAGCCAGAAUUGGCCGAGCUAGCGCCAGAGCCUAAAACGCCAACGAAGCCAAUUGUCUCGAACUUGACUGGCCAGGUGAGUGAAGGUCACUGUUUUUUGAAUACCGUUCUGGACAACUCCAAGCCGGUUCUCUGGAAACAAUCUUUUGAUUUUCUUAAGGAGCAGGGCGUCGAGGGCGUUGUUGGUUUGGGACCUGGACAGGCUUUGGGUGACAUGAACAAGCGGUCUGGCUUGAGUAAUCAUCCAGUGGUGGGUUUAGAAGAUAUGGAGGCGCUUGCGCAAAAGUGGGAGGCCCUCUAG